CAAAACCCAUGUCUCACAAUUUCCUCACCAUUGCUCAUCAUGGUUGUCUGUGGGCGCCAUUAUUGAGGCCAGUCAGUCAUCGUCUCAUCUCCACUGAACACACACACACACCAAAACAAAAAAAGCACUAAAAAAAUACACAUAAUUCGAUAGCCACAGUUGGGUUGUCGUUACAGUUGUAGUAUCCGAGGUUAGCUAUCCUCGAUUGAUCUCUGAAUGCUCUUUUUCUUUCGAGUCCAUCAGGUUUUUGAAGUUUUUGAGUGUGUGGAGGAAUGCCAUGGUAUUGUGGUGGUUAUGGUGAAAUUUCCGAAUCACGGACUUGAUUUGAAGGUGGUGGGUGGGUGGGUGUGUGCGGAGCGUGAACUGCGGCUUGAGUUCAGCACAAGAGAGGGUGAGAAAUGGAGUUUGUGACAGUGGAGGCCAACGAGGUUGUGUUGUCGUUGAGAAUAUUCAGGCCGCCGUUUGAUGUGAAGAAGCAAGACUUGACGCUGGUGAUGGUGCACCAGUACUCGGUGCUAGGAGGAUGUCAGGCGCUCCUGAAGGGCAUGGCCACCGAGCUCGCCAGUCGUGGCUUCACGGCCGUCACAUUUGAUAUGCGCGGAGCGGGAAGGUCCACUGGAAGGCCCUCGCUCACGGGCUAUGCCGAGGUGCUAGAUGUGGUGGCUGUUAGCAAAUGGGCUACAGAGAAUCUCGAUGCCCAUUCCAUCAUCCUGAUCGGCAACUCCGCUGGGGCACCCAUUGCAGGAUCUGCAAUUGAUGAAGUGAAGGAGGUUGUAGGCUACGUAGCUUUGGGUUAUCCUUUUGGAAUGUUAGCCUCCGUCCUGUUCGGCAGACACAACAAACCAAUCUUGGCGUCUGAAAAACCUAAGCUCUUUGUUAUGGGAACAAACGACGGCUUCACAUCAGUUAAACAGCUGGAAGCCAAGCUUAAGACGGCAGUUGGGAGGAAUGAGACACGAUUAGUACCGGGGGCGGGCCACUUUGAAAUGGAAGGGCCAGCGUUUGAUCGGCAGAUGGCGGAUUAUGUUGUUGAGUUUGCUGCGACCUUGCAAGCACAGCCUCUAGCCGAGGCUUCAAGUACAGACUUAUCCGCAGUUGCAGGUGAAGGACCUAGCUAAGUUUUGUUUAUUGAUUUAAUUCUCUCUCACAUUGGCCAUUUUGUGGUAAUUCGUGUCAGGGUGUUGUGUUACGCAGCAGCGUACACCUGUGAUAGUCCUGUCACCCCUAUUUCUUGCCUCGUUUGUGCUGAAUUUUGUCCACAACCUUCUGAAGACGUUUGUAUACAGGACUAUGUAGAUAUUAAGCUACAGUUGCAAGCUUUUCAGCCGCAUGCAUGCAUGCAUAUUUAUAUACAUAUACACACGCUAACAUCAUAAACACGUUUUGGAUAUCAUCCUUUGUUCAAAUUAUAAAUGCGCAUCCCAGGGUCCAUUUCGGGACAACCAUCUUUUUAACAACGUAUUGUUUCAUCAGUUUUAAAGAUGUAACGUCAUUUUUUGGAAUACAUAAUUUCCGGUGGUUCGGAAGUUUUCA